UCCGGCGCUCACGGCCGCCCGUCACUCAGAUGCUGCUGCUGCUGCUGCCGCUGCUCUUCCUCCGUCCCCCGGGCGCGGGUGGGGCGCAGACCCCCAACGCCACCUCCGAAGGUUGCCAGAUCAUACACCCGCCCUGGGAAGGGGGGAUCAGGUACAGGGGCCUGACUCGGGACCAGGUGAAGGCGAUCAACUUCCUGCCCGUGGACUAUGAGAUCGAGUACGUGUGCCGGGGGGAGCGCGAGGUGGUGGGGCCCAAGGUCCGGAAGUGCCUGGCCAACGGCUCCUGGACAGACAUGGACACGCCCAGCCGCUGCGUCCGAAUCUGCUCCAAGUCAUACUUGGCCCUGGAAAAUGGGAAGGUUUUCCUGACGGGUGGGGACCUCCCAGCUCUGGAUGGAGCCCGGGUGGAUUUCCGGUGUGACCCUGACUUCCAUCUCGUGGGCAGCUCCCGCAGCGUCUGUAGUCAGGGCCAGUGGAGUGCUCCCAAGCCCCACUGCCAGGUGAAUCGAACGCCGCACUCAGAGCGGCGCGCGGUGUACAUCGGGGCACUGUUCCCCAUGAGCGGGGGCUGGCCGGGGGGCCAGGCCUGCCAGCCCGCGGUGGAGAUGGCGCUGGAGGACGUGAACAGCCGCAGGGACAUCCUGCCGGACUACGAGCUCAAGCUCAUCCACCACGACAGCAAGUGUGACCCCGGCCAAGCCACCAAGUACCUGUAUGAGCUGCUCUACAAUGACCCCAUCAAGAUCAUCCUCAUGCCCGGCUGCAGCUCCGUCUCCACGCUUGUGGCCGAGGCCGCCAGGAUGUGGAACCUCAUUGUGCUCUCCUAUGGCUCCAGCUCACCGGCCCUGUCCAACCGGCAGCGCUUUCCUACGUUCUUUCGAACUCAUCCGUCGGCCACACUCCAUAAUCCCACCCGCGUGAAGCUCUUUGAAAAGUGGGGCUGGAGGAAGAUAGCCACCAUCCAGCAGACCACUGAGGUCUUCACCUCGACUCUGGACGACCUAGAGGAGCGAGUGAAGGAGGCGGGGAUCGAGAUUACGUUCCGCCAGAGCUUCUUCUCAGAUCCAGCUGUGCCUGUCAAAAACCUCAAGCGGCAGGACGCCCGGAUCAUCGUGGGACUGUUCUAUGAGACCGAAGCCCGGAAAGUGUUUUGUGAGGUGUACAAGGAGCGGCUUUUCGGGAAGAAGUACGUCUGGUUCCUCAUUGGCUGGUACGCUGACAACUGGUUCAAGAUCUAUGACCCGUCCAUCAACUGCACAGUGGACGAGAUGACGGAGGCCGUGGAAGGCCACAUCACCACGGAGAUCGUCAUGCUGAACCCGGCCAACACCCGCAGCAUCUCCAACAUGGUGAGAGGGGGACUCGGAAGCCAGCACCCCGGGCAGGGGGAGGACCCACAGCGCUUGGCAGGGCAGGGGAGUGGGAAGGAGGGAGAGAUGGGAGGGGCAAGUUCACUCGGCCCCUGUGAGUGGAAGGGCUGUUACCAUGGCAAUGAGGAGCGGUUGGCAAGCAGUCAACUGAAGGCGAGGCGUUCAUGGUAAUACGGAGGCUGUGUG